AUGCACUAUCCUCACCUCUCACGCUCGAGGGAUCCUCACCCCCAUGCGUCCUCCAGCAGCUCGCUAUCCUCUGCUGCUCCGUCCGACAUCCUGCCGGCGGCACCGCCUUCGAACUCGAGCCAGUCCGAUAUCGCGACUGAUCUUUCGAGCUCCUCCAUCGUCUGCACUUCGGCGCCCUCCUCGUUCCCUGCGAAGGGCCACCGCUUCUUCGCCAAGGCUGUCACCCAGCGUUCGACCUCCAUGGGUCAGGUCCUCUCGCCAGCCUCGGUACGUGCUUUCGGCCGGAGGAAGAAAUCCGAAGAUCUCACGUCCCUAUUCUCCAAUGCUACUGGCAAGGGCAAAGAGCGGGACUCUAGCGAUCAUGUCCCGCCCGGUGCGUCUACGACUGACCUUUCGCAUACCACUUCCUACUCUCGCGCGAUCGACCCCGCGGCUGCGGGAAACAACAAGGUCCCCAACGCGUUAUCGAACAAGCUGAGCGUCUUCGGCAAGCAAAAGACCACUGGUGGCCAGUUACCCAAGGCUCCGACGUUCAGCGGCGCGCCGCCACCCCCGCCGAAGGAGAUCUGUUCGCCACCGCCUCUCACGACUCCUCAAACAUCACUGCGACAGCCGAGACAUGACGCGAAUGCCCCCCUACCGGCCUUGCCGAAGGAGACCCAACGAUCCCCGGUAUUCACUUCGACAUCGCCAGCGCAGGAGAACCGCGAGCGACUGAAGGAAGACUGGAGGAAAAGCGAUGCUACCAUGACUUCGCAUAUCACGAUCCGUCCCGGUGCAUUGGGCGGUAACCGGUCUCCGCGACCGGUUUCUUUGGCUGAAUCCAGCCAUUCGGGCCACACCAUCGUUCCGGUGAACAAGCGUCUCAGUGCGCUCAUCACGGACUCCGAAUUCAACGUCGUCGAGGAGGGUCCGGGCGAUCACUCGGAGGACGACAGUGCCUCGCUUGCCGAUGAUGAAGGACUGAUGAGGCGCACGUCGACGAGGGGCACCCCGAAGCCGCGACCAUCAAGGUCGCCAUCGGGUUCGAUCAAGACGCGAAACCGACGGUCAAUGUCCUUAAACGUAGGACCUGGCCAUCGGUCUAGCGUAGUAGAGCCCGUGCCCGUCCCCAGCCCAUCCCUUGCGACGACGACUUCGCGCGAUAACCCCACCCUCACCCGAGCUGCCGCCAGCGGCUACAUCGCACCGCUCAACACCGCAGGCGCGCAGCAGAGUACAGGAAGCAACAUCCGGAGCCGGCUCGUCCCCUGGAUGUCGAUAUCGGCUGGCAAUACGCCGGCGCAUACACCGACGCAGGCCAAUCCCAGCAGGGGCCUUCCACCACCGGUGAAGCAGCCCAGCAACCUGCGCACAACCGCGGUGAGUAUGACGGGUGGCUUCGUACCUGCUGCAGGCAUCGCUAUGGGCCUGGGGAAGCGGGCGGUGGAACGCGUUGGGCGCGCGUGGGGUGGUUUCGGAACGUCGAGCGGUCCCUCGAGCGGAGCAUCCAUGAUCUCGCAGUCGUCCUCGGUGUCGUCCAUCACGUCGUCGGACCAGGGUCAUCCAAUAGGCCGAACGAUGUCGAAGGAAUCCAGUGCCGCGCUCGGAGGCAUCGUCAAGAAGAAGCGGCGCUUCGGCCCUGCACCGAGCGUGUCGUCCGUGACCUCGUCGUCUGCUGCCUCGGAGGCGGACGCCUUCGUCGCCAUGAGUCCCGGCCUUGGGCGCAGAGUGCGAGGGCCGAAGAGGACACCGUCAGGAGCAAGCAUCAUCGGCGGCCUCGUCUUCAAGCGUGACCUUCAGGGGUGCGUUGCCGAGACGGCGAUUGACGGGCUGGACAAGACGGCGGCUCAGGAGGGUAUCGAGAUGAAGCCGCUGGAGGAGCGGAUGCUGCCUGCGCUCGUCGUACGGUGCGCCCAGCACUUAUUGAAGUACGGUGUGCGCGAGGAAGGCCUGUUCCGGAUAAGCGGGCGAUCGUCCCACGUAGCGAAGCUGCGCGCGGAGUUUGACACAGGCGCCGAUUGGGACAUGUCGGGCUGCGAUCCUUGGGAUCUUGAUCCGCAUGCGGUCGCGUCGAUCUUCAAGACGUACCUACGCGAACUGCCGGAGUCCAUCCUGACCAUGAGUCUGAUUCCGUACUUCGAGUCUGCGCUUGCUGCCGAAGAUCAAGCGAGUCGGGCGAGUACCGACUCCUCCACCGACGCCUCGCGGCUCUUCGAUGGGCCUUCACAAAGCGCCUUCCUCUCCACGCUUGCUGUCCCGAGGUUUGCGGGGAAGCGGUCGGUCUCGGAGUCGCUGUUGAAGGCCCUCGCUUGGCUCAUUGCCCGUAUGCCGAGGGAGAACAGGGAUCUGCUGUAUACCGUAAUCGAGCUGAUCAGGGAGACUGCCGCCCACAGCGUCGAGACGAAGAUGCCAUUGGCCAACUUGCUACUGCUGUUCUCACCUACGCUGAACAUGAACCCGGGCAUGCUUCGUGUGCUUUGCGAGCAUGAGGACAUCUGGCAGGGUAUCCCUCAGGUGCUGCCGCAGAGCCAGAAGGUAGAACCUGAGGCUGCAAGUGCUGUCGACCCUGUUCAGGAGGAGGAGGACGAUGACGAAGUGAUUGACAUUCGUGCCACAUUUGUUACGGCACGAGAAUCUACUGGUAGUGUGGAUGAUGCCCCCGAUUCAUCUGCGCAGAAGUCCUCGACCUCUCCUGACGACGCCGACGAGUCGACGAGCGACGACGGAGAAGAGAAGAGUCUGCACACGCCUGAAGAAUCGCCCGAAGCGUCUGCUGUAGAUAUCGAGGAGUCGCUUGGCAGCGGGUUGACCGCGAAGGCAGAAUAUCGGACAGCGCAGGUUACGACCGACCUCGUGCUUCUCCCACCCAUAAACCCCGUGUCACCCGUGUCAUUUGCAGACGACAGUGCCUCGUUUAUGUCCGCACUGGAGCCGCAGUCGAAUUCUUCGACUCGCUCGGCGAGCCCGCAUUUGGCGCGAGACGUCCCACCGCUGUCGUCCUCGGAAUCGUUGACUUCCCAGUCAGAAGCCUCGGAGGAACCGAUGUCGCCGCGUGGACGUCCGUCCAUGGAUGCAGACGAGGACGAGGCUGCGCGGGAGGUCGAGAACGUCAAGGCAGCAAUGUCGAGUUCGCGGGACUCGUUCUUCCUGGCCCCUUCGCCUUCCGAUAUUGUGGAUUUGUCGCUCCCUGCGGUUCCCCGUAGGCCGGCUAUCAAUACUAACCUAUCUAACUCCCCUGCUGCUACGCCUUUUGCUGCGGCGCCUGUCCCGUUCCCUUCCACGAGUGGAAGCACGCCUGGCACGCCUGUCUCGAGGCGCAAAUCCUUCGCGCUACUGUCCUUCCCCGGUCUGCGGUCCGCUUCGGCAAGCCCUGUAGUCACGACAAACUCACCUUCGUCCUCAAGCACGCCUCCAUCGACCUGGCACCGUCCCAAGCGUCCGUCGCUGCACUUGCUCCUGCAGAAAGUGACUGGUGCGCGGAGUUCGUCGACACCUGUUGCUAACUCACAGCCUGCAAUGGCGAGCGUGCCCUCCUUGUCUGUGUAUGCGCAGAGCAAGCCGGCGUCGGCCUCAGUGCCGUCUCUGGUUACGCCAUCGCCGUCAGUCGAGGCUGGACAUAGUCGAACGCUGUCGAAUGUCGCGCCGAAGUUGGAAACGACCAUCUCGUCUUCGCCGAUCAAGCUGAGCUUCGUUCGUACUGCAGCGACGACGAACGAGCAGGAGUCGACUGAUACCUCACCUAGCUCAGCGAGUAGCUCGAAGGUGCCCGUGUUGAACGUGGUGUCCGAUGAGGAUUCUCCGUCUAGCUCCUCGGAUGGUUCAAUCGGCUAUGUGCGUCCGCGCACCGGCUCAUGUGCGACCUCCCUGUAUGUCACCCCGACGGGGACAACGCCCAGGACUCCGAUCGCGGAUCUGUACUCUCAGCACAGCCGGUCAAAGUCAGCGAUGUCGUUCUUCAACACCGAAGUGGAAGUGUCCUCGUGGCGGGCGAAGAGGGACGAAGAUGACUCGCUGCUGCCGAUGAGUAGGACGCCGUCGAGCGCACCGCAAGGGCCCUCGCCCACGCCUUCCAUCAAUCUGCCUGUUGAGGAGACGCAGGAGGAUUGGGCAGAGAGUAUCUUGAUGGCUACAAAUGGUCCCGCCGAGCAGGGGUGA